AUGCGGGCAAGACGCCUCCAACCCUUGAGGAGUUCGACCCCCUCAAUCCUGGAGAAUGGCAGCUCGGAGCUGCUGGUAAAAUUCUUCCUCGUCUCCCUGAGGGAACAAGAGUGCAAACUGCGGAUGGGCAAGCUAGCGGUUGACGAUCCUCAGUUGAGGAAGCAGGUUGAAGUCUAUUCGAAAGCCCUUCUUGAUGGAAAGAAGUCUGAAGAGGCAGGUCCGUUUGAUCGAGCUCUAACCAAAAUGGUGGGAAGUUGUUUGGUUUCAUGUGCCUAA